AUGCAUAGUUUUCUAUUCCUAAAUUUAUAUUUUAAGGUUUCAAUACGAGAUUUUAUUAAUUUUAUGAAUGAACUAGAAAAGAUACAGCCUAGUGAUUCAGAUCCCAUUUUCGAUAAUAUCAGUCGAAAACAAGCAGAAGAAUUUAUUUCUGAAAAUCAGAACCUUGAAGUCAACAGGAAUGAUCUGCUUGCAUUCAUUGAAUCAUUGACAGGGAAAACCAUGGCAUCAAUUAUCGAAGAACCCUUAGUUCACCAAGAAAAUACUAUAAAUACGGAUUUUUUAUCUUCACGCCCACGUUCUGCUGCUCUAAACACAUUAGCGUUGCAACAUCCAAGGCCUCGUCGUUCUAAUAUUAAAGAAUGUAUAGAAUCUUCAAAUUCUCUAGAAAAAACAGUUUUAGAAAAUACUACUUUUGAAGAAUCCUUAAAUCCACAGAAACCUUCUUUUAUGAGUUCUUUUGUUUCUCAUAUGACUAUGAGUCGACAGUUGUCCCCUAUAUCUCAUUCUACACCUAACAAAAAACAAUUUAAUAAUGUAACAUCCUCUGAAUAUUUUAAAACUCCAAAUAAUCAAGAGUCGUUUGGUGAAUUGUAUAAAGAUCCAUUUACAAAAUCUGAUUAUGCAGCACCAAAAGUGGAAGAUAACCUUGAAAAAAUAGUCCUUGAAGGAUUUGGAAGCUCACCAUCUUCAAUUUUAUGCAGAGAUAUUUCAGAAAGCUCUUUUCUUGAAAAAUCUCCUCGAACUUUACAAAAAGAUGAAAAUAUACUUUUUUUAACCGAUUUGAUUAGAAAAUAUAAAGAUACCGAACGACAAACUAAUGCUUUAAUAAUUAGUCAUGAACAGCAUAUUGAUGAAUUAGAAUCUAAAGUUGAAAGUUUAUCAUUAGAAUUAAAAGAUAAAAAAAAAGAGUUAUUUGAAACUAAUUCAAGGGAAAAAAAUCUUUUUGGUCAAGUUACUAUACUUGAAAAAGAAUUAGAAAAAUUGCAACAUGAUUUACAUUCUUGGGAAGAAAAAUAUUCAAAUAUGAAAAUAAAUUGUGAAGAGCAAUUAAAUGAAAUAGAGACAGUAAGAAAAAUAGUAAAAGAAAAAGAAAAUGAGUUAAUAAAAUCCGAACAAUUAAUAAAAGAUUUAAAAGAAAAUAAAAAUUCAUUGGAAGCUGAACAUUUUUUUUUUUCUGAUAAAAUUUCACUUUUAAAAGAACAAUAUAAAGAAUUAGAAUCAAAAAACCAGGAAUUAGAAGAAUAUAAAUUUGAAAAUAUACGUCUAAAUGAAGUAAUAGAAAGACUUAAUUGUGAUUUAGAAGAUAUUAAAAAAGAUAAACCAAAAAAUAAUUUGUUAGAUGAUGUCACUAUUAACACUAAAAGGACCUCAAUGAACUUAGAAAAUGAACUUUUAUCCGAAUUUCGAGAUAAUGAAAUAGAAACAGAAAAAGAUCGAGAAUGUCCAUUAAAUGCGGGAAAGUUUUCUAUAAAUACAUGUAUUAAAACAUUAGAUAAAGGUAUACAAGUAGAUACUUUACAAAAAACAGAUAUCCUUUUUAAAGAUAAAAAUGAUGAUUUUUCAUUAAAUUUUACAGAUUCAUCUAAAGCAUUAAAUUUCAUAAAAAAUGAAAAUAUAACGGAUUCAGAAGAAAUUAAUAAUCAAUAUAAUAUACUUUCUCAUGAAAUGAACCUUCAAAAUCAUUUGAUUGAAAAAUUGUUUUGUCAUAAAUUUAAAACUCCUAAAAAAAUUAAUAAAUUUUUAAGAAAUAAUUUGAAAUAUAAUAAUUCAUUUUUAUUUUUAAAUAACAUAUUUUUUAAAAAAUCUUUAGGUUGGGUUGCAUUAAUAUCAUAUGUUUGUAUUACACUUUUUAUUGGCAUUUGGAUAGCUCAUCAAGAAUGGUUUUUAUGGUUUGGGAAAAGACCAAAAGGUAUUACAUAUGCUGAAUUAAAGGCAUGGAAACGUGCAAAUUCUUUGAAUUUUAAAUUGUAUGAAAAUGGAAUCAUAGGUUUCAGAAGAACAUGGUUUGAGGGAAAUUGGAGAUGGAUUAAUUGCUUAGGUUGGUGGAUAGAUAAUUCGCUUAGAGAUGCAAAUACACAAUGGCCUAGUUGA